CGGUAUAAUUAUGCCAAUGCCUUCAAAUCGAAGGUCUUCUAUCCAAGUUGGAACUUCGAAAGUUGCAAGCACUUACUACGCUCAGCACGCCGUGUAAAUUCCUACUGUGCACGGACCCUCGAAGUUUAAGGACAAGAUUGAAAUACGCAUACUCAUGGAACCAGAAACCGAUUACUAUCAGAUUGGCGGCUUCAGAGCUCACUCUAAUGAAUGGUUUGAAUUGUACGACGACAAACCAAUGAUAGAUGCUAUUGCGAAUGACCAAGGUCGCGAACUCAGGCCUGGAGGUCGUGGGGCACCUGUAGAGCUGGUUCUAGGAAUUCUGCCUAAUGGUGCCUCGUACGUCCUCAUGACGUCCCAUCAAAUGUGGGCAUUCGUCCGUAAGCACGGUUUGCGGCCUCCCAGGAAACCGUGGAAGGUGGACAAUUUCCUCUCGCUGUCCCCGAUUUAUUUUGCCACAAAGAAUGAUCUUCAGGAAAAGCUCAAGACCUACAAGGUGAAAGCUCAAAAGAAAAAACAGGAUAAGGAUAAGGAGGACAACAGUCCCGCAAACCGGGGUUUUAUUCGAGGGGACUAUCCGGAUAGUCCACGGGCGUUCUUUGAGAACCAGAGGGUCUUGUAUGGGUUGCUUACAAAAAGCCUCACGCCAGGAGCCCUUGGUCUAAUCACUCCGUCCUGGGCUAGCGCAAUCAGAGUGAUAUCGAUAAUUGUAAACACGUGGCACAGGGAUAGGCGUCCCGAACGUUUUGAUAACCCCAGUAUCAUCGACGUCGGAUGGACAGAUGUGAUGUUGCCGGACUACUUUGCAUCAAGACGGGUAGCAGAAACUGUACACUUAAAGAUGAAAGGAGCACUGAAAAACGAGAAAGAGAAUGCGUCCUUUGAGUAUGGGACCACUAAAGAGGAGACUACGGUGGAUAUUCUUUACCCGGAUUUACGGACGCUCUUCACACAUGACGCUGCCAAGUGUGGUGUUCCCCUUGUGGUGCUGGUUCACGAGGAGGAGAUGGUACGCGGAGUGCUCGCACGUUCUGGGAUUGAUGUUGGGUCAUUUACCUCCGUCGCUGCGUUGCUCCAGCGCGGCCAACCCCAGAAAAUUUCGCGCCGAAUGUCCUCCAGAUCACGUUCUCCGCGACGCUUGAACACUGGCGCGUCUCGUUCUUCGCGCGACUAUGAGCGACGCUGGAAAUACGAACCUGACGAUCAUGUCGAACCCUUUUCUGUGAAACAAGAGGACGGCCAGUUGACAUCUGUACACAUCAAACAAGACGAUAAGAACCCGACCUCAUCCAAACAAGAUGGUGUUAUUCCCCUCCCAGCUGCAUGCAUUGUAAACGUGCAAACCAUGGUUAGAGCCUUGAUGCGGACUGAUCAAACUGGCCCUAGUGUGCAGGCGACAGCGCAGCGCUUGAACAUACCAGCAAACCCACGUCUCCCUUGUGCAGGCAACGAAUCUCGCUUGCUGUUGAAUAUGUGGAUUUCAAUGGCAGAAGGACGUCCAAUCGACGAGCAAUGGAUGGACCGCUUAGCGAACCCUCUCCAGCCCGAUUCACCAAUCCUAGCUCCAGUGGAGGCCGGUGCGGAAGAGGAUGUAGACCCGAAUGACUAUAUACCCCCAUCAAUGACAAAUUCCGGCGCAACGGCUGCACGUGAAGAAUACUGGUCCGAUGACGACUGGUAGAAGUGGUUUUGGACCUUGGUACUAAGUCGUUAUUAUUUUUCUUGGGUAGCUGAACUUUCCUACCGUUGAGUAUCCAACAGUAUGAAGCGGACAACGAACCGCGAUGUGUAGCAUACUUGUCAUGAUCAUCUGUUGUAGAAGCAUUGUUGUCGAUUACGAGAGGUACGGGCAGAGGGUCUUACAAAUGUUGUUGUAUCUAAUAUUCCAGUGCAAUUUCACGCUACGAUGUUCUUGAGAGAUUUCACAGGCGCAACCAAUAUUGCAAUAUUGAUUUUUGGC